GUUUAUGUUUGCGUUGCAUUUUGAUAAAAAUAUCGAACUCGCAAAUCAAAAUUUCGCUUUGCAGAGAGGAAGCAGGAUUUACGUUUUUCCCCCGGAAAUUAACCAGACAAAAUGUUAUCGGCUAUGAUAAAGGAUCACCAGGCUCGACAGGCGGCCAAAAAGGAAGAACAAGAGCGCAGGAGAAAGGAUGCAAUUCUGUCCGCAAAUGAGCUAACGCAGAAUCUCGUGGAUCAUUUGAAUGUCGGCGUUGCUCAAGCCUACCUGAACCAAAAGCGCCUGGACGCAGAAGCCAAGCAGCUCCACGUGGGUGCCACAAACUUUGCCAAACAGACGCAGCAGUGGUUGACGUUGAUCGAGAACUUCAACGGAUCGUUGAAGGAAAUCGGAGAUGUUGAAAAUUGGGCCAAAACCAUCGAGAACGACAUGAAUGUUAUAACAACAGCUCUGGAAAUAGCUUACAAAACCAGUAGGGAAAAGUAGCUUAUGUUGUGUGUCAUUGUAGAUUUAUUUAAGGUAAUUUAAGGCUACUUAAAAAUUG